AGCGAAACGACCGAGUGAAUGUGUUGAGAACGAAACCGCUGCUUUGCGAGGGAGAGGGAAACCCACUCCGCCGCUAGUACCUCCACUGCUUCCCGCCAUUAGCGAAGCGCAGGGGGUUCUUCUCUGCCACAUCCAAACAUAUUGUUCUGUCAUUGCCAUAUCCAAGCCACCGGCCUUUGGGUUUUACUGGAGAGAAGGGUGUGAUUGUUCUUGUCAGCGGGAGGGAAAAGGGGGAAUUUUCUGUGGAGAGAAAAGGUGGAUACGUGUAUGUGGGGGCUGUGUGUGUCUCGGUUGCGUUUUGGCCUUCCAACACCCACUUUAGAGUGACUGUUACGCCCCUAAGUUUUUCAGAAGGGCUGUUUAGGAAAAUUUUAAAUAUCGAAACCUACCGCCCCUUUCUCGCCUCUUCUUUAUUUUAAAGGAAAGCAGAGAGAGCGAUCGAGGGAGACAGGGAGAGAACGGGAGAGAAAUCGCGGGAGAGGUGAAGAGAGAAAGAGAGAGAAGAGACAAGGGAGGAUGAGAGUGGACGAGGGAUUGAGAGAUAGAGGGGAAGAGGGGCGGUAGCGGAGGUGGGCUGGAUCGCGAAACCGCACCCAAGGACAUGCUUGGAGAGCGUAUUGAAUUGUGUUUUAUUCUUUGAUAGAAUUUCCAGGGAAGGCAGCUAAGCAUCAGUUUAUAUUUAAGACUUCGAGUUUCCAGCGUAAUAGGAAUUAACAUAACCAAAGCGGUCACAGAAGAGAUAAUUGAAGAUCAUGGAGGAAGCAACCACCUCUUCACAGGGGGUAGCAAAUAUCUUCAAACUGGGCACUACCCAUGAGGAAAUCAUAAAGAGAGAUGGCCCACAAUUGGUGGGUUUACUAAAAGAAAUGAAGGAAGGAUUGGAUACGGUUAGGAGCAAAGUGCAAGCACUCAUGGAAAAGGUUAAGGAGAAUAUUUUCCCAACUAGAGAAGGUAUAAGUUACCUCGAUGUGAAGUAUUUGCUGCUCCUCAGUUACUGCCAAUCAAUCAUUUAUUAUUCACUUCUCAAGGCAAAGGGUCUCUCAGUUUCUGAUCACCCUGUUGUCCGUAGCCUUGUGGAAUCCAGACUGUUCUUGGAGAAGGUUCGUCCUAUCGACAAGAAACUUCAAUAUCAAGUAGAGAAGUUGAUGAGAGCUGCUAAUAGUGGAUCUAGAAUGGUGGCCCCUGAUGUGAAGGAGAGUGAGGAUAAAGAUAAUCCAUUGCAAUACAAGCCUAACCCAGAUAUGAUUGUCAGUAAGAUUGAUCAGGCUGCCCAGGAUGGGAAGGGCCUGUACCGUCCGCCUAUGAUUGCUCCUACUAGCAUGGAUGAGGGGCACAGCUCAAAACAUAAGAGGACAGAGUUGAGAAAGGAGAAAGAAGCAGUGAGGCAAGCAUCACAUAGUUCCUUCUUGAAGGAAAUGAUGAACGAGUUGGAAGGAAAGCCAGAAGAAGUGAGGACAAGCGGUUGGCAUGAAAGUAGAGAUUUCAUCAGAGAAAAGGCAAAGUUGGAAGAGCGUGCACACAUGGAGGAGGAAAAUUUUGUACGUGUUCCAUAUUCUAAGGAGGAAAAAAAGAAGAUAAAGCAACUGAAACGUGCUAGAAAUGGGCUGCUUGGAUUGGUAGAUGAUUUCUAUCAUGAGGUUUCUGGUUUAUUACCUGCUGAAGCAAAGGAGAGCAAGAAGAAGAAAGGCGGUGCUGAUGUGAAAGGCAAGAAAAAUUUUGGGAAACGCAAGAGGAUGCGGUGAAAUGGCAUCUCCUCCAAGGUCCAGUAUCAGAAUCUCGACUGUUAGAGAGGAGCUAAUAGCUGUGGACAUUUUUGAAUCUGCUACAACUGAUUAAAGGCUGGAGCUUUACUACCAGUGAAAAAUGGCCGCAUCUCUGGAACAGAUUGGCCAAGUGGUGAAACAUUUGCAGUGCUGUGGAGUAUCUGCUGACCGGCUGUCAUGAUAUACGAGUUACUAAUAUCUAUUGUUCUACUUGUUUGACGAUGCUGAUUUAAACGAAAACGAGUAAAAUUGUUCUCUUUUGUUCGUAAGACCUAUUAUCGCAAGAUAUUGUCCGACAGUUUUGACUUUAAGAUAGAGCUUGUUGCUGUAUAUCUAUUAAUAAGUUUACA